CGCUCCACAUCCUUAAGGAUAUCGUCAUUUCAGGGGUAUUCGAGUGCACGUGAAAACUCAUUUUGCGAUCAUGAAGCUGCUCGUUAUCUUCGCCACUUUUGCUGUACUAGCUUACGUUUCGGCAAACACACUAUCGGCUGUUUAUGACGGACCUACUUACGAAUUGACCACCAUCGACGAGCCGCAAUACGACGAGAUGGCAUCGAAUCUGUCGCCCAUCCGACACCGGCGCGUAACCUGCGACCUUUUAUCGUGGCAAUCCCAAUGGUUGACCAUAAACCACAGUGCGUGCGCGGCUAAAUGCCUGGUGCAGCGUCGUCGGGGCGGCCGCUGCCGCGACGGCAUCUGCGUCUGCAGGAAUUAGACGUCGCGUCUCCCUUUGAAACGUAUCAUCAUCCGACGCACGUCCCACGGAUCUUGCCUCUCGUUCGUUGUCCCACGCCAUCGACUACGUUGGCGUACGUUGUUGCAUCGUAAUCCAGAUUAAUAUUCAUGACGAGGAUCAUGACGGGACAUCGCACCAGCUUAACCGCCACGUGAUGGUCUCGGUCGAUCGAUCGUAACGCGCAAAUUCUCGCCGAAAAUUGAUAACGCUACUAUCAGUGGAAAUUGUCUCGAUAAUUUUCAUCGUUGUGUCAUGUAAUUUGAUAAGAAUAACGGCUCUUAUCCGCCACGUUUCGCGAGAGAUUAAUUAAUUUAAUUAAAUUAAAAUUAAAAUGUUGGUCAUUAUUAAUGAACGGUGAUUUAUCUCGAGUAAUGAGGGUAUAAGAUUUGUGUAACACUUUUUAAUAAUGUCAAUUGUUGAAUAAUUUCACUGUGGCAAACACACAAUAUUGACUGAAUCAAAUAUAGUUUUAUGAAAAUUAUUUUAACAUAUACACGCAUACACACACACAUAUGUUUGGAUAUAUCGAAUAUCUAUAAUAUUUACGUUUCAAGUAAAAUAAUCAAUUAGGCAUUGAAGAAUAAUUGUACUGAUAUCUUUGAAGUAUUUUUCAAUGCUAUUAAAUAUAAUAUAAAUGUAUUUAAGCGAUAUUUAAAUUAGAAUCUAUAUUCUACGAACUUGUUUUGCAAGAUACCUAAUUAGCGGUACUUAUCAUAAUUAGCACUAAUCUGCUUUUUUAUAAUAAAAUAAAAGCCAUCCAGUUAGUUUAAUUUCUCAAUCGCAAUAAUUAUAUAAAUUUGCAAUCACAAUAUUUGUAAAAAAAAGAGACAUAAAAAUUUGACCAAAA